AUGGCCAAAGGCAAUCAGUCAGCAGUGACUGAAUUCAUCCUGUUGGGACUCACAGAUAACCCACAGCUUCAAACCUUUCUCUUUGGUAUCUUCCUAGUGAUCUACUUAGUUAGUGUCAUUGGUAAUCUGGGUUUGAUUGUGCUAAUUCAGAUUAGUCCUCAGCUUCACACCCCCAUGUAUUUUUUUCUCAACCAUCUGGCUCUGAUCAAUUUUUCUUUUACUUCAACUGUCACCCCGAACACCUUAGUGAACUUUUUCCGUGAAGUGAAAAGUAUAACAUUUUAUGCAUGUGCCACCCAGGUGUGUUGCAUUGUCACCUUUGUGGUUUGUGAAAUCUAUGUGCUCUCCAUCAUGGCAUAUGAUCGAUACGUUGCCAUCUGCAACCCCUUGCUCUAUGUCAUUCUCAUGCCGAGGAAACUCUGUGUUCGAAUGAUUGCCAGCACGUAUGUUUAUAGCUUCACUGUGGGUCUGUUACAAACCGCGGCUACGUUCCACUUGUCUUUUUGUGACCACAAUGUUGUCAACCACUGCUACUGUGAUGACGUUCCUCUGGUUGCGUUAGCUUGCUCUGACACCCAAGUCAAUGAACUAUUGCUGCUAAUUAUUGCUGGGUUCAAUACGCUUUCCUCUCUAGCGAUUGUGUUAAUUUCUUAUGGCUUCAUUCUCUUUGCCAUCUUGAGGAUCCAUUCUGCUGAAGGAAGGCAGAAAGCCUUUUCCACCUGUGCGUCCCACCUGACCUCCAUCACAAUAUUUUAUGGGACCGUCAUUUUUAUGUAUCUACAGCCCAAGUCAAGCCAUUCUCUGAAUACGGAUAAAUUUGCUUCUGUGUUUUAUGUAGUGGUAAUUCCUAUGCUAAACCCUUUGAUCUAUAGCUUGAGAAAUCAGGAGGUGAAAAACGCACUGAAGAGAAUUGUAGAAAAAUUAUGUUUGGCUAUCAGAUAA